AUGUCAGAAGAUUUAGCAAAACAAGCACAAAUAUAUUCUGAAACAAAGGAAUAUCAACGUGCAAUUAACCUUCUUACUGAAGCACUUCAUGAAGCUCCAAUAUCUAUUGAUUAUUAUAUUGAACGAUCUACUGCGUAUCAACGCAACAAACAAUACAAUGAAGCUCUAAAAGAUGCAGAAGCAGCAAUUUAUCUAUCUUAUAUUAAAAAAGAAAAUGAGAAAAAAGGCUUAGCACAAAUAAACAGAGGAAUUGCACUUUUUUACUUAGGACGGAUUGUAGAUAGUUUUUAUGCGUUUAAGAAGGCUAAAGAAACUAUUUCUAAUGAUGCUGUAUUAGAUUCAUGGUUUUUAAAGACAGAAAUGGCGUUAGAAAAGAUGAAAGAUCAAAAAGAAACCACAGUUAAAGAAAUACCAGACUUUCUGGAGCUUGAGCCCUCUUUACAAGCAGAAAUUGCAAAAAUAAAGUGUGUAACCUUGGAUUAUAAAGAUGAACCAAAUAUGUCUGCUGAAUCAUUGCAAGAGAAUAUAAAGCCAUUAAUUCACACAAUAAGACAUGAGUGGUAUCAAACUGAUCAAGCAGUUAUAAUUAUUUUAUAUGUAAAAUCAGUGAAUAAAGACACUUGCAAAACUGAAUUUAAAAAAAAAUCAAUUUCAAUAUCAUUUCCUUUACCCACUACUCAAGAAAAUUAUACUUUUGAACUUUCAGAACUUUUUGAUGAAAUUGAUGUUAUGUUAUCAACAGUAACCGUAUUUAGCUCAAAAAUUGAAUUACAAUUAAGAAAACGUUCUCUUGGAAAAUGGCCAACUCUGGAAACAACUGCUUCUAACACACAAACAUUUAAUAAUAAGGACUCUACUAAAAUUAAUAUAUACCCAUCUUCAUCAAAGCAUGGGUCUAAAGAUUGGGACUUGAUUGCAAAAAAUAUGGUUACAGAUAAUCAGGAAACAGGAGAUGCAGCGUUAAACAAGUUAUUUCAAGAUAUUUAUGCUAAUGCAGAUGAUGAUACAAAACGCGCAAUGAUGAAAAGCUAUAUAGAAAGUAAUGGAACAGCAUUAAGCACUAAUUGGAAAGAAGUUGGUGUAAAAAAAGUACCAAUUCAGCCUCCAACCGGAAUGGAAGCAAAACCAUGGUAUAAUUAA